CCCGUUCCGGGCGAGGCGGCGGCGUUGGCGCCGGGAUGGAUCGGGAGCUGCUGCGGCAGGCGCUGAACCACCACGGCCCCGCGCUGCUGUCGCUGCUCCGCGCCGAGCAGCACGACAACCCCGACUUCCGCGGGCUGCUGCCGCCGCCCGGGGCCGCCCCGGAGCCGCCCCGCGGGGCCCCGCCGGCCGCCUGGAAAGAGAGGGCGAGCAUCGACACCGAGAUAAAGCGCUUCAUCGCCAAGAAGGCGGAUCUGCUGUUCGCGCACUCGUGGAAACCCAACGGGCCGAUCGAGGACAGCAUCGAGGAGAAUGAGGAGUGUUACGCUGUCAUGCCGCCCCUGGAGAGGUUCUUGGAGGUGCCCAGGGAGGAGAGGAGAGAGCUGUUCUUCCGCGACAUCGAGCGGGGCGAUAUCGUGAUUGGGAGGAUUACAUCUAUCCGUGAAUUUGGCUUUUUCAUGGUGUUGAUUUGUCUGGGAAGUGGUGUCAUACGGGAAAUUGCAGAUUUGGAAAUCACUGCCCUGUGUCCUGUGAGGGAUGUGCCUCCUCAAAGCAACCAUGGAGAUCCUCUGUCUUACUAUCAAACUGGAGACCUUAUCCGAGCUGCGCUCAAGGACGUUGACCGUUACCACGAGAAGCUGGCGGUGUCCCUUUACAGCACAGCUCUUCCACCCAAGCUUUCCAGUACAAAGCUGGGUGUGAUCACCUCUGAUGACUUCCCACUGCAUUAUAAGCGAAGCCUGGAAGUUGCCAACACAGGAGAGACAUUUGAAGAGGUUUUGCAUCGUUCCCCAGGAUUUGCUAAUCCAUCAUUAGUUGAAUAUUUAGCAGAAAAACUGGGACUAAGUGAGUCAAAUCCACCGUCUUUGCUGAGAAGUCUUCAAAUUAAAAAUUUCAGUGAAGAAGAUUUUGCCCCUGCAUUGAGGAAACAGCAGUCUGCAUCAUGGGCCUUGAAAUGUGUAAAGGCUGGGGUGGAUUAUUUUAAGGUUGGGCGCCACGUGGAAGCCAUGAAUGAGUACAACAAGGCUUUGGAAAUCGAUCCACAAAAUGUUGAAGCUUUGGUAGCACGUGGAGCUCUGUAUGCAACCAAAGGAAGUCUGAACAAAGCCAUAGGGGAUUUUGAAGUUGCUUUAGAAAACUGUCCUACCCAUAGAAAUGCGAGGAAAUAUCUGUGUCAGACCCUUGUGGAAAGAGGCGGGCAGUUGGAAGAGGAAGAGAAACUGCUAAAUGCUGAAAGUUACUAUAAAAAAGCCUUGAGCUUGGAUGAGACUUUUCAGGAAGCAGAAGAGGCCUUAACAAAACUCCGUAAGCACAUGCAGGUGAUUCUUUACUUUCUUUUCAUAAGGUGCUCUCGAUGACAAUAAAUGAACAUCAAAAAUCAUAUUAAAUCCUUUGAACUGGGAGGGGUUAAAUUGAUAGUUUGUCUUAUUCUCUGCUUCCCUACUCCACAGUAAAUGUUUUCUAGUGAGCAUUAUGGCUGUACCUACCAGAAGAAAGGUUCCUCUUGGUGACCCCGCUGUUUUGGGAUAGUAAAGAAAUGCCAGACAUUGGAGACAGGGAAAGAGCAAAGCCAGGGAUACGAAUAUCCCAUCACACAGCAUGAUUGAUGCGGUUAAUUUAAAACAUUCUCUGAAUACAAAUGUUCAAAGUGUAAAACACUUCCACAAGCCAAAUAAACAUUGUUACCAUAGUCUGGCCAGACCAUUGGUCCAUGGGGUAAUUAGAGAGAGUAACAACAGGCAAAGCUAAAGCACAGGGAGCUCGCAUGAGAGGAAAUUAAAAGGUAAUUUAAAGGAAAACAGCAGGAGGUGGAGGGUGGGCGGGCAGACAGUUUGAAUAUCUCAGCUUUCUCCUGUGUUGUCUGGUGGGUUUUUUCUCUCUUCCCUUGCACGCAGCAUGUUUCCCAGGUGAGCCUGCUGGGUCUCUGCUAAUCUGAGUUGUCAUCUUUUCCCUUUUAUUUACUUCCUUUGCAUGUGUUGUCUUCCAGAGUGGGUCAAAGAAUAAAAUAGAGCACUGAGGAACAGGCUUGUGUUGUUCUGUGCUGCUGCAUGUGGGGAUGUACAAAGGCCGGGGUAGAUGGCCUUAGUCAGCAGUUCUUCAGUUGGUGGAGCCAUAAUGCUGACAGGAUGUGGAAACAAGGGGGAAGAGGAGAUGGGACAAUCUGAUAAAACUGAGCUGCAGCACACAUAAAGAGGUGUAAUUUGAGCAGUACCUACAUUUGGCUGCUUUAGAAAGAGGUGUCAGUUGAAAUUAUGAAGAAUAUUCACAGAAAGUAGGAGAUAAAUGUCACUCCUUAGACAUUCUGCUGCAGUCAUUGAUGCAGCAGAUAAAGAAUAUGACAGCUGUUAAUUGUUGCUGUGCAUGGCCUUGGCUGCAGUGAAGGGUUUCCUUUAUUACAGAUGUUAAGACAGUUGCUGAGCUUUGAAAACUAUAAAUCGGACUUCCUGCUCAGUCUGAACAGAGCGACUCUGUAGGGCUGUAAGUGGUAGAAGGAUGAGCUCUUAGGACUUAAAUAGUUUAUUUAUCUACUUAGAUGCCCUCCUGCAUUUACCUGUAAUUUAGUACAUAAUCUGAUACUGCCCCUGCUGUGUAGAAUGGCUGAAACAACUGCAGUGUUUUUUCCUGUAAUACUGAUUAUGUGUUUUUCUCCAAUGCAUUUCCCUCUGAAUGGAACUGUUGUUGCUGUGCCUGCGUCUGGUGCUGCUCAUCACCACCAAACCCCUGGAACUUGAUUUCUUACGUAAACUAUGCAUCAAACUGCUCUGUGAAAUUGUUACCAAAUGGUUUGUAUUCAAACAUGGCCAAUUUGAAUUCGUCUUCAACUGGGCUCUGCCGUGUUUCUCUUGUAAACUACAACAAUGAUGACACUUUCCCUCAAACUCUUCUGUCUUUCUGUUGUCUGGGGGGGGGUUUGUCCUUAUUUUUCUACACGUUUGUAAUAUUGGGGAUUUUUUGCAUAUUCUAUCUAUAACUUUUGGGCUCUAUGCUUCUUGGUGUGCUGGAUCAUGGGUACCAUUGCAAUGACUGGUCAAAUACAUUUUUUAAUGGAAUAAAAACUGCAAUAUGGUCCUUAAAUAUAAACCUGUCACAAUGGCCAAUACCAAAUUCCUGAAUAAUAUUCAUUUUUGGUCUGGGAAUCCUGGUAAAACAUUCCUGGUGUAUACAUUUGGAUGGGGUUGAAUGGGGGUUAAUACCCAUGUUAACACUACUAAUGUAAUCUUUUUUAUGAUGCUUGGGUUCAAAAAAGAAAUCUUUGGAAAUGAGGGAGAAACAAGCUGCCAAAGAAGAGAGAGAGAAAGCAAAGAAAAUAGAAACAAGUGCAGAAAAAUUGCGUAAGCUCUUAAAAGAAGAAAAGAGGUAACUGUUACAUUCAGUGUACUGGUUGUGUGGCAUUAGGUGCAGAUGAGACUGUGUGCAAUCCAUCUCAACAAACAGCAAGCUGGGGAGAACUUCUCCCUGGGUAAGCUGCUUUUCCCUCAGAAUGUUUCUGUGGAUAGUGUCCUUUAGUGCCUAGAGCCUUUAAUUGAGAUGUGUGUGGAAGAGAAGUUGUUCAAGGAAUACUUUGCAAUGUGACAUAUUUGCAAAGUGUAAUGCCACGCAAAAUUGGGAAAGAGGUCUUUUACAACAAAAUGUUCAGUGGAUUUAAUCUUAAUUUGUUGAUGAAGAAUUGACAUUUGAAAUUGUCAUGUUAGUCAGGCUCAGUUUCUGUUCCCACCUUACAGUCAAGCUGGGGUACGCAGAUUUGCUUGCUAUCUGUAGUUUUUGCCUGACACUGAAGGUUAUCUCACAGGUUAAUUAUUUUUUUAGGUUGAAGAAGAAAAGGAAAGUAUCAACUUCCUCCUCCUCUUCUUCUUCUUCAUCCUCCUCCUCCUCAUCAUCAUCAAGCGAUUCAUCAUCAGAUGUAUCAGCUUCUUCUUCCUCCUCUUCCUCUGAUCACAAGAAACGUAGGAAAAAGCGUCGGCAUAGAUCUGAGUCUGCUCACAGCUCCAAAAAAAGCUCAUCUAGAGCUUCUUCCCAUUAUAAAGAUCAGAAUAGGAAAGAGGAGUGGUAUUCCCCUCCAGCUGAUACCUCUGCUUCCUUUCUUAACCAAAGUUUUGAAGUGGAAAAGCUGCUGGAAAGGCAGGACAGCGUAGCGUGCCCAAAAAUGGAGGUAAAAGAGAAAGACAGACACUGUUCUUUUUCGAGGACUUCAGGUGAUGAUGAAGACACUUUUGGAGGUAGGUCUGAAGAUUCAAGAGAUUCUUACAGUAGCUCCAGAAGUCAGCCAAGUCAUAGCAAAACUGAAAAAUACAGUAAACCAGAGAGAUACUUCUCCAGUUGGAGGGGUCCUUCAGGUUCGUAUCAUAAAUCAGAUUACAAACCCAGGAUGCAUUAUUACAGGAGAUUUGAAAGGGAUGGGGAGUGGAGAAGGGAGCAGUUCAAGAGACAUGGCUCAGGUCAAGACAGGUAUUACAUGUCCCCAGGGUCUGACUAUUCUGGCAGGUCAUGGGGGAAGUACAGGUCAUAUUCUAGCAGCUGCUCACAUGAAGGUGACAAAGAUUAUGAUAGUGACAGGCAGCAUAAAAAUGAAAGUGAGUCUAAGAAUAGAAAAAUAAGUUAUGAAGACACUGAUAAAACAAAGGAAGCAGAUGAAGAAGUGUCAUUAAAUGGUACAGAACAAGCAGAAAGUGGUGUUAAAAGAAACCUGCCUCAGAACUUGGUUAACAUAUUCAAUCAGAUAGCUGAGUUUGAGAGGGAAAAAGGAAGUAAGCAGAAGAAACAGUGAAGUAUCUGAGAAUACACUACUUGGAUGAGUGUAGUUACGUGAAUUUUAACGUAGUAUCUUGAGGAAACACAGUGAGAGGCAGAAUUUUUUCUGCAUUUCAGAUGUCAAAGAAUUCUAAAAGAUCAUAUGGUGGAAAAAGAUGGAAGAAUAUCAUACAUAAAAUAUCAGUUAUUUUAAAGACAAGUUUCCUGUGGUCUUAAUUUGAGGUGUUCCUGUACAAUGUUCUGUCUGAUGGGCUGAAAUCCCUUGAUACCCCUGGGUGUAGUUAGCUGUGCUCACAUCAAAUAUGCACUUUAACAACAGCUGGGCUUGGUUUUCCUUGUCCCUGGGGUACUAUUGACUGUUGAUAUUCUUCUAUCAAACUUAACUUCCAGCUAUAGAAAAGGGAUAACACAAUGAAGUCAUGUGCCAUCAAUGUAUAUAGCCCAUUUGAUCAUUAAAUUUUCUUAAUUUUUAA